AUGGCUGCCCAUGAGCUGAUUUGCUGUUGGAGGAGUGUUAUGGCUGCCCAUGAGCUGAUUUGCUGUUGGAGGAGUGUUAUGGCUGCCCAUGAGCUGAUUUGUAGUGGUGUACGACGAAGGGUUGGGGAUGGGAGGUCUACUUUAAUCUGGGGCCACCCGUGGUUACCAGACGAACCUGACCCAAUGGUGCAGACGACUAUGCCCCAUGAGCUUGAUGGCUCAUUGGUCUCAGGAUUGAUUGACCCCACUACUGGUACUUGGGACCUUUCGAUCAUUCAAGAUAUUUUUGAUCAGUGUGACGUAGACCGCAUUUUGAAGGUGCCAGUAACCCCUGUUUAUGAGGACUCGUGGUUUUGGCAAGGAGAUCCUAGUGGCAACUACACGGUAAAAGAUGGGUACAAACGGAUUGUGGGAAGUUUUGUGAGUGCCCCAGGCACUUUUGAUAAAUGGUUACAUCUCUGGAAAAUUAAAUGCCCUGCGAAAUGGAGAAUUUUUAUUUGGAGAGCCCUCUCUAAUAUUCUUCCUACUACCACCAAUUUGAUUUAUAAAAGAGUAGACAUUGAUCCAGCAUGCCCUAUGUGUGGAAUGUUACAUGAGAAUGUUGUGCAUUCCCUUCUUUUGUGUGAAUUUUCUUCAUUAGUAUGGAAUGAGUCUUCUCUACAUGUUCCUAGUGUGGGAGGGAAUGAUUUCGGUGUGUGGUUUGCCAAUGCUAUCUCCAUUUUAACGGAAGAAAAUAUUCUCAAUGUUGUAGCGCUGCUUUAUUACGUGUGGAAGGCCAGGGACAAGGCUGUUUGGGAGGGAUCACUUCUGUAUCCAAGGACUGUAUGGCGGUCUGCACGGACUGCGGUGAUUGCAUGGCGCCACGUGCAUCCGUCACCCGAUCACCAUCAGCCGAACCAUGAUGCGACGGCGUUCCAGGAGCCCGCCACGGCCAUGCGAUGCUACGUCGACGCGGGGUAUCACCUUCAGUCCAGGGAGGCGACGGUAGGAGCGGUUUUACUGGCGUAG